CUUGUUUCUGCUGAGAGGAGAGCCGCCUCAGUCAUAUCCCUUAAAAGUUCCGGUGAAAGUCCAUUGGAACCCUAUACAAAUACAUUUCAUGGUCGUUAUCGACAGCGGCAACUACCCUCUUAUCGACACUCAAAAGAUGCGCUUUUCCGCUGUCAUGCCUCUCUGUGAAAAGGAUCGGGUAAUCAAUCUAUUAAAAGCCAGAGCAUACUGUGCAACCCCAUCUCCGCACGAACCCUGGUUCGCAAGAACAAUUUCCGGUGCAAAAGCUGUGUACGCAAAAGUCUUUGUGGAUGCCUCUGAUAUCUGCGUUUCCUCUCUUCCUCCGACAGUAUCUAGUACGCAGAAAAAGGUCUCGGUUCUUGUGCUGCUGCAUCAUCGAAGAGCCGUCUGCCGUGCUAUAUUCUCACCUGAAGAUUCAACGCAAAAAUUCGAAAGAAGCGGUGUGCUUCUUGUGGCCGCUGUCGCCUACAAAUCUAUAUCUUCAGACUCCAUCAUUUGCAACAUGCGUCCCUGGCAUGACCUGGGCAAUAAGCACAGCGUCGGCUAGUCGAAACACUUCUCCCAAAAUGCUACACCCUCCACCCUAUGUCUGAGGCACUGUAUAUACCCACUGCACUCUUGACUUACCUUCCUAAAAUCUUCUCUGCAAAGUCUCGAGGGUUGAUGCAUAAAAAGAUGCACAGCAAGACUAAUGUGAACAAAAGGCAACACAC